AUGAAAUUACAAGUUAAUAAUCGAAUAAAUCCUGACUUAUUAUUUUCUCGUUUAGCAGCAGGAGUAAAUCAUUGUUUAGCAAUUUAAAGUGAAGGAGAUAAGAAUACAGCUCCAUAAGCAUUUUAAUUAUGGGGUUGGGGAAGCAAUGAAUUUUAGGCAUUAGGUAAGCCUGAAAGUAUUGAUUCUGAAAUUCAAUCAUCUCCAGUGAAAAUACAUCUAGAACAUAAACAGAAACCUUAUGUUCCAUUAUAAGUUGCUUGUGGAAAUUAACACAGCAUGAUUUUAGGAUGCAGCCAAGAUUUAUUUUAAGAGAUCUUUAAAAAUGCUUAACAUAUGGAUGAUAAUUUUAGUUAUGAUUUAGGUUUUAAAAGUCUUCGUUAUGAUGAUUGUGUUAUAUUUUCAAGUGGUAGUGAUGAAUUUGGAUAACAAGGAAGAAUGACAGAUAAAGAAUAAUCUUAAGAAGAAAUAGAAGAGGGUGAAUAAGAAGAUGAUGAUGAAGAAGAUUAUAAUGAAUAGGAAGAAUGUUUUAGAAUUAAAGGUGUAGUAGAAAGCAUUUAAAAAGUUUGUUAAAUAUCAUGUGGAGCAAAUUACACAUUAGCCUUAGAUAUAUAUGGAUCAGUAUAUUCAUGGGGAGAAGGUGCUACUGGUUGUUUAGGAUUACCUAUGCAAGUAGAUUAAUAAAGACCAACAAGAAUUGAUUUUGAUAAAAUCAGAAUGAAGUUUAUCUGUGCUGGUCCUUCACAUGCUGCCAGUAUAUCCGAAGGAGCAGGUUCUUUAUAUACAUGGGGGGUAGGAACUUAUGGAUAAUUGGGACAUGGUACAAAUAAGAGUUCUAAUAUACCUAAUUGUGUUGAAGCUGGAUCAGUUGUAGGAAAAGUCGUUGAAUAUGUAUCAUGUGGUGCUUUGCAUACAGCAUGUACAACUACUGAUGGUUAUGCACAUACAUUUGGAUUUAAUAAGAAUGGUUAAUUAGGAACUGGAGAUUUUUAAGAUAGAUGGGAACCAAUUAAAGUUCACUCCAUUUAAAAUUUUUAUGCAGUUUAUGCUAAAUGCGGUGGUAACACAACAUUUAUCACUACAUUAGAAAGAUUAACUUUUGCAUUUGGAUCAAAUUCAAAAGGUAGAUUAGGUAUUAAGGAUGAAUUUGGAAGUAAUUAUCCAGAACCACAAAAGAUUGAUACUAAUUAUUUCAAAUCUAAAUAAUAGUUUAUUUAUUAAUUAGCACUGUCUUACCAUUAUGGGUUAGCAUUAUUACAAAGUGGAUCUAUUAUAUCUUUUGGUCUUCCAUUCAAAGGAAUUCUAGGUAGAGAUUUAUAGGCUGAAUUACUACCAAAGAAUUAUCUUACUAACAAUUCAAUGAAUGAUGAUUAUAAAUAAGGAGAUGAUGAUGAGGGAGAAGAAAUGGGAUAAAAUAAAUUAAAUGAAGUGUUGAGUACGAUAAAACCAGAUUUACUUUAAGCUUUGAUAGAACCAAAGAAUAUAAAUGAAGAAUUUUAGUUUUUUGGUAUGCAUUGCACUGAGUUUAUAAAUAAAUUACAAAAAGAAAUAAAGGCUUCAUCAUACAUUGUAGAUGUUAAAUGUGGUGCCUUUCAUACAGUAGCAUUAACUGAUGCAGGUGAAGUUUGGGUUUGGGGUAGUAAUAAAUGUAUGUAACAUGGUUUGAAGGAUGAUUAAAUAGUGGAGUAGGUAAAAUAAAGAACAAAAUUUAUAGGUCCAUUUAUAUAGGAAACAAUAGCGGAAACGUCUUAUCCAAGUUAAGUAUUAACAUUUUCUAUAAGAGAGAAUAAAAGAGUAACUUAUUUGGCAACAGGAUUAGAAUAUGUAGUAGUUGUAGAGAAUAGACGUAAUAUUUAUUCUUGGGGAAAAAAUGAUAAGGGUCAAUUAGGUUUGGGAUUUGUAAGUGAUUUUGUUGAGUCUCCAUCAAUGUUGACAGAUUUAGAAGGAU